AUGUCUGCCGAAGACAAGUCCCUCCUCGAGCGCAUUGAGCUCCCCUCCAUUCCUCGUGAGGCGCAGAGCAAGAUCUCCCACGUUCAGGAGGAGCUGGAGCGUGCUGAGGUUGAGCAGAUGCGCAGGUCCGUCGCUCUCUUCGCCCCCAUCUUCAAGAAGCGCGAGGAGAUCAUUUCUCUGCCCAGCGUGAAGCCCGACUUCUGGGCCCGCGUCUUCUCCAGCGCUCCCCCCGAGGUCGACGAGUAUGUCCUGGACGAUGAUGCCGCGAUCAUUGGCGAGGGCCUCAAGGGCCUGACCGUCGAGCACUUUGAGGUUGACGCUCAGGGCAAUGGCGAACCCCGCAGCCUGCGCUUCACCUUUGAGUUUGACCCCGAGGAGAACUCCUACUUUGACAACGCCAAGCUCGUCAAGGAGUUCUACUGGCGCAAGCAGGUCCUCAAGACUUCCAGCGGCAAGCGCCGUGUUUGGGAGGGUCUUGUGUCUGAUCCCGUCCGCAUCAACUGGAAGCAGGCUGAGCUUGACCCUACCAAGGGUCUGCUCGAUGCCGCCUGCGAUCUGUUCGAUGCUGAGAAGAAGAAGAAGGGCGGUGACCGCAAGAAGCUGCCCGAGUAUGCUUCUCUCGUCCAGAAGCUCGAGCUUCUUGAGGCUGAGGCUAUGAAGGACGAUGCGGACAUGGAGGACGAAGAUGCUGAGCUCCCCGAGGAUGAGGACGAGAGCCCCGCUGGUGUCAGCUUCUUCUCCUUCUUCGGCUACCGCGGCCGCGACAUCUCUGCCGAGCAGAACAAGCAGGCUGUCAAGGAAGAUGAGGAGCGCUGGGUCAAAAUCUCCAAGGGUGAGGAGGUCCCCGAGGAUGCGGACGAUGAUGAGGACGAUGAGGAUGAGGACUUCGAGCUUCUGGCUGAUGACCUCGAGGAUGCUGAAAUCUUCACCGACGGUGAAGAGCUCGCCAUUGCCCUGGCCGAGGAUCUUUGGGCCAAUGCCCUGAAAUAUUACGCUCAAUCGUUCGAGACCAACUUUGACUUCGAGGACUUGGAAAUGGAGGAGCUCGAUGAGAUGGACGAGGACGAGGAGGAGGAGGAGCAGGAAGAGCCCCCCGCCAAGAAGGCUCGCAACUAA